GUCAAAAAUCAGAACGAGAUUAUACAAGUUGGAUAGGUCGUGCACAACGCUCGCUUUAUGUUUAUAUGGUUCUUUCGGCGACCAGACUUAUCAGAACAUUUCUCCGCCUUGUCAUGAGUGAGCCUGAAUUUACUAAGGUAUCACAGGAUUUCUGGAAGGAAAAAUGGGAUACAGGAAAAAUCGGAUUUCAUAGGUCACACGUCGACUCGUUAUUGGAAAAGCAUAUAGACAAACUCAUCAAUGGCAGAGAGAACAUACAGAUUUUCUUUCCGUUAUGUGGAAAGGCUCUAGACAUGAGACGCUUAUGGGACCUGGGACACACCGUUAUAGGCGUAGAAACGGUCAGAAGUGCUCUGGAGGACUUUUUUGAGGAACAGUCUAUCAAGUACACAGUUACUGAUCUGACUGACGGGGAAGGGGAGCUUUUUAUCAGUGAAGAUAAAAGAAUAAAAUUAUAUUGCUGCGAUUUGUUUAAAUUCAACAGGGAACGUGAGGGUUUAAUGAACGCUGUCUGGGAUAGGGGGUCCAUGGUGGCCAUCAACAGAGAGGACAGAUCACGGUACGCAGAAGUCCUCGUAAGUCUCCUGUCCCCCGAUUGUCGUUAUUUGUUAGAAACACUGGAAUAUGACGAGACUAAAUAUCCAGGACCGCCAUUUUAUGUAUCGGAUCAACAAAUUUACGACCUGUUUGGUGAAAAGAUGAACAUAACCAAGCUAGAAAGAGUGGACGCCUUUGAAGAAAGACACAAAGCAUGGGGAAUAGACAGUUUGCACGAAAACUUGUUUUUGUUGACUUUGAAGUGAAAUGAUUAACCACUCAGUGGACGCUUUACAAAAGAAAGACCAAUUUGGUGCUAAAAUUAUACUCAGUGAAACUAUAUGUUAUCUCUGUAAUUGGAAAUUAUGUAGAAAAUGGUGUCUGCCUUUAGUUUCUACUUUUGAGUACAAUAUGGAAGCUUAAGAUAUUUUGUAAGCAGUUAUUUAUAUUCUUUUUUUUUCCAGUUGCAUAAAUCACUGAUUUUCUGAUAUCAUAUGUAUAAAGACAACCACUUUUUUAAUAAAAAGAAAUCUU